AUGGAUUCUGGGUCAACAAAAGUAUUAUUAAAUAGUAGUCACCAUCAUGGUGGUAAUAGUCAUCAUCAAUAUCAUGUUGGUGGUAGCAAUGUUAAUGUUGGAAUGAAGAGAAAAUCGACUUCAUCAAACAAUACUGGAAAUUAUAUCUCAUCAUAUAUGUCGAAUAGUAAUGGUGUGGUAAAUUAUAAUACAAUGCCAAUGGUAGUAACAUCUAAUCAAACUUCAACAACAACAACAACAGCAACAAUGAUGAUGACAAGUGGAGGCUGUGCAAAAUGUGGCGGUAAAAAAAGACAUUCUAAAACAUGUAUAUAUAGAAGAAAUGAUGAUGAUGAUGCAAUUGUACCAUCAAAAGAUGUAAUACAAAGAUUGGAUGUCGCAGCUUUGAAAAGAUAUAAAAAACAUUAUAGAUUAAAAACUAAACACAACUCAUCAAAAGCGGAACUUGCAAGUAUUGUAAGAUCACAUUUUGACGGACUUCCAGUAAAUGAAGGUGAAAUCAUCGAAAAUUUUAUGGUUAAAGUUAAAAAAAUGGUUUAA